GGAAAGUGGAGUUUGAUCUCUUGUUGUGUUAAAAGGAUCCUAGACAAGCGCCAGAUGCCUGGGAAUUACUUCCUCUAACGUGUGGCAUGCUGGAUUGUUCGAGGCAUCUCAGGUGGAACAAUACAGAGAUUGACAACCUUUUAAGAGAUGUUUACAGCUGGUCCCCAAGAGACCAGCAUGGCGAUCACUCCAACACCCUCCUCAGUGGGCAGUAGCACCCUGGUCACUGUGGACAUAGUGGUCCUGGUAAUCUACUUCAUCCUGGUGCUAGCUGUUGGCUUCUGGUCUAUGUGGAGGACAAAGCGCAGCACCGUGGAUGGAUACUUCUUGGCUGGAAAAAGUAUGACCUGGUGGCCUGUUGGAGCUUCACUGUUUGCCAGCAACAUUGGCAGUGGACACUUUAUUGGUCUGGCUGGUUCAGGAGCUGCAGCAGGAAUUGGAGCGAUUGCCUACGAAUGGAAUGGCAUGCUGAUGGUGCUGCUUCUGGGCUGGCUAUUCCUGCCAAUUUACAUUUCAUCUGGGGUGACGACCAUGCCAGAAUAUCUGCAGAGGCGGUUCGGUGGGAAAAGAACACAUUUAUCUUUAGCUGUUUUGUCCUUGUUCAUUUACAUCUUCACAAAAAUAUCGGUAGACAUGUACGCGGGCGCUUUGUUCAUUCAGCUUGCCUUGCAAUGGAACAUUUAUCUUGCUAUAGUGCUGCUGCUGGUAAUAACGGCCCUUUACACAGUAGCAGGUGGUUUGGCUGCCGUCAUCUACACAGAUGCAGCUCAAACUGCCAUCAUGCUGGCAGGAGCUCUCACGCUCAUGGGCUUCAGCUUUGUUGAGGUUGGAGGCUGGGGCGCUUUGAUGGAGGGAUACAGCCAAGCAGUUCCUUUAUUUCGUGUCCCAAACUCAACCUGUGGCAUUCCCAGAGAAGAUGCCUUCCACAUAUUCAGAGACCCGGUGAACUCUGACCUGCCUUGGCCUGGUGUCAUCAUCGGCAUGUCCAUCCCUUCCAUGUGGUACUGGUGCUCUGAUCAGGUCAUUGUGCAGCGCUCCCUGGCCGCCAAGAACCUGAGCCACGCUAAAGGUGGCUCCCUCCUGGCUUCGUACCUCAAAAUCCUGCCUUUCUUUGCCGUUAUGCUCCCUGGCAUGAUCAGCAGAAUUCUCUACACAGAUGAAGUGGCGUGUGCAGACCCCGACCUUUGCAAUCAAAUUUGUGGCAACUCUGUGGGUUGUUCAGAUAUUGCUUAUGCCAAACUGGUGAUGGAGCUGCUGCCUUCUGGCCUGCGGGGUCUGAUGAUGGCCGUGAUGAUCGCAGCCCUCAUGUCAUCGCUAACUUCAAUCUUUAACAGCUCUAGCACCAUUUUUACCUUGGACCUGUGGAAGAGCUUCAGAUCUGAGGCUUCCGAAUGGGAGCUCAUGAUUGUGGGCAGGGUUUUUGUGCUUGUGUUGGUGGUGGUAUCUGUUCUGUGGAUUCCCGUCGUCCAGGCCAGUCAGGGUGGCCAGCUCUUCAUCUACAUCCAAUCCAUCAGCACAUACCUGCAGCCCCCCAUCUCCAUCAUCUUCCUCAUGGGUUGCUUCUGGAAGAGAGCUAAUGAGAAAGGGGCAUUCUGGGGGCUGGUUAUUGGUCUUGCAGUAGGUUGUCUACGCAUGUUACUGGACUUCAUCUACCCCACUCCCCCAUGUUAUGAGGAGGACACCAGGCCUGGAGUGUUGAAGUACGUCCAUUACCUCUACUUCUCCAUCCUGCUGUCUGUCAUCACCCUUUCCGUGGUGGUGGUAGUCAGCCUGGCGACAGAGGAACCGAGACCAGAGCAGAUAAGUCGGCUGACGUGGUUCACAAGGUUUGACGCGGUGAAGCCUAAGGAAAAGUUAGAGGAAGUCAUCUCUCAGUCAAACGCCAAAGAGCCAGAGAGGAGUAAUGAACACACAGCUGAGCACAGGCCCAGCUCUGCUUCGUCCAUGUCAAGCACCAGCAGUCAGUCUAGGGGGAUGGCUGUCCUCUACUGGCUGUGUGGAAUGGAGAGACGCAGACAAGGAGACAAUAAACCCGUGACCCCUCCUGCACUUGAGAAGAAUAUCUGCAGUUUGGAGGAAAAGCCCACCCUACAAUACAUUAUGAAUGUUAACCUCAUUAUUUGCUUCUCUGUGACCGCCUUUAUCAUUGGUUACUGGGCAUGACAGUGAGGUGGCAGCACUCCAACGCAUGGGUGGUGUGCACAUCUGACAUGAAUACUUUGGACAUAAAUCAUUAGUUAUUUUUUUUGUUUUUUAAAAUGUAUUUGAAAAGUUCAUUCAAACUGUAGAAUUGUUUAGUUCUAAACUGUAUAUGUACUUGUCACAAUUCUUGAGUUUUGAUGAUCUACAAAAUGUAUCCCCCCAAAAUUGUAGUCAUAUUCAGAGAUCGAUCUAAAAAACAUACCUGCAGCAUGUCAAAUAUUUAAGAAAUUAUAAUACUUUGUUGUUAGGAAUAAAGAAAAAACAGAUUUUUUAUUUUUUAAAGACAAAACUGCAAUAAAAAUAACCACAA